GUUUUGUUCUUGUGUGAAUUUUACUGAAAUUUAUAUCAUCAUUGAAAAUAAGUAGAAAGUUCUGAAUUAGUUGAAGAAGAAAAAAUGAGGCUGUUUAAAGGAUUAUUGUUAGUAAGUGUUGUUUCUUUUUUGGAUGUUGUUUUAACAACAGUGUUAUACAGUCAUGGAUAUAGAUUUCAUCAGACAUUUAAACUGACUUUCUUCCGUUAUUCCUUCACAAGUUCGGUGUUUGAACUAUGGAUACUGUGCGUGUUACGAUGCUCUGUGAUUCUAGGAUUAACCUUGGGUAUUAUAGUAGGCCGAGAACUCGGAAUAAAUCGAAUAAAAUCAACGAGGGCCGUCUCAGUAUUUUUAGCCGGAGUCUCGGCAAUGUUUACGUUAAUCAAGCUUUUGUCCAUCUCGGAAGAUUCACAGCUUUUGAAUAGUACUUGGUUUUGGUGUCUGUUUUCAUGGACACUGGUCAGUUCCGUGAUUCUGACGCUACAAUGGAGGAUUCUGGGAAAUAUUUGUAUUGUGAUGCCCCCUGUUGUGAAGAUAAAUUGCGAUGGUGAACCAGGCGAGACUGAAGCCCUGCUUAGUGAUGAGAAAAACAAAGAUGAUCUAGGGAAAGAAAAGGAUAAAAAGGCAAGGGAUGCAAAGAGUACAAUAUUGCGUCUGUUUUCAUUUUCCAAGCCAGACUGGAUGUUUAUAUCUGCGGGGUUCAUAUUUCUGUCACUAUCGGCAACAGGUGAAAUUUUUAUCCCGUUUUACACUGGAAAGGUUGUUGACGGUAUUGUGAUAGAUAAGUCUCAGAAAGAGUUUACCCAUGCCAUCAUAGUCAUGGCACUUAUAUCAGUGGGCAGUGCUGUCACAGCAGGUUUGAGGGGAGGCUGCUUAUUUAUAGCUAAUAGAAGACUCAAUCUGAGAGUUAGAAAUGCACUGUUUUCUUCUAUCCUGAAACAGGAAGUUGGAUUUUUUGACAAUAUUCAAACAGUGCACUAGCUGCUGGUAUAAGAGGUGGUUGUUUUACUAUAGCCUCAGAUAGAUUCAACAUCCGAGUAAGGAAAACUCUGUUUACAUCUCUAAUGAAACAGGAAGUUGGAUUUUUU